CCGACCUGACAUCCCUCCGGAUCUUCGACCGACGCCUCAACGCCUGGCCGAGAAAGAGCAGGAUAAGGCAAGAUGAAAAAACCCGAGUUGAAGAUGCCCUCGGUGCUGGGGAAGGUGUCGGCCAAGUUCGUCAAGAAGCCCAUGUUCAAUCAGCCCGUCCACACGGAAAAGCGGUAUCAUGUUACUCGAAUGGUCUAUGCCGUUCUCCUCUCGCUGCUCGUCCUGAUCGCCGCCUCCACCAUCGGAUUGAACGCGGUGACUGUCAACUUCAUCGAGGAUAACCGCGACACCGGCUUUGAAUUCGAGACCGAGGACCCGAAUGAUGCAGUCAUACUGGCCGCGCUCCCACGAAUGUUGUACACCGCGCCAGCAAAGCUUGCCCUGGUAGCCGGCGCAAUCUCCAUCUUCGUCGGCGCCACGCACCUCGCGUUCGUCAUCACAGACUGGAAAGUAGGCAAGAAGACCCAAGCAUACGCCUUCCGCCGCAACAUGAUGUUCCUCCACUUCGGCAACACAAUCCUCAUCCUCUUCGCCCUCAUCUCCACGCUCGUCGCGCACAAAUCCUCCUCCCACGUCAACGUGCGCUACGUCACCAGCAAAGCGGACCGACCCUCUGCUGCAGACGGCCUGCGCUACAACAUCGGCACCUUCGACCUCGAGACGUGGUCCUGCGAGUGGAAGUCGAUCCCCGGCGCGGAGAUGGUCUGGAUGGACUACGGUGCCCAGUGCAGUGUCGAGGUCGCAGGGAGAAGUAUCAUGUGUCUGUUCCUGGUUGUGACAACUGCGCUUGCGGGCCUGAGUAUUUGGGGGAUGAUUGGGCGGCGGGACGCGAGCGGCGAGCGCAUCAAGACAGAGCAGGUGGAGCUGGAGAUGGGCAAGAUGAACGCCAUCUAGGUCCACCUCUCUUGCUUCCCAACCACUGUUCUUUCGACUUGUGUGGUGGACGGCUCGCCCGUCGGUGCGCCACAUUCUUUCCUUCGCUCUUGUAUUCUUCCCCUCCUCUUCCCUUUUCUUUUCCGCAACGCUAGUGCGUGUUACAUGAUACCCUACUCUCGUUCCUUCCUCUUUACUUCUACUCUCGUUACCGCUGUGCUAGACUAUAGACG